AUGUUGCGCAAUGCUGCUCGCAGCUUUUCGCCAAAGCGAUGCUACGUAAGCCCGCAGGUCAUCGAGGCGGAAUACGCCGUGCGGGGGCUGAUCCCAACCCGCGCGGAUGAGAUCAAGGCGGACCUGCUCACUGGCCGCGGCUCCUACUCGUUCGAAAGCCUCGUGUACUGCAACAUCGGCAACCCACAGUCGGUGGGGCAGAUGCCCCUAACGUUCUGCCGACAGGUGAUGGCACUUGUGGAUGCGCCGUUCCUGCUGGAAGAUGCGGAGAUCGUUGGGCGGCUGCCGGAGGACGCGGUUGCGCGUGCGCGCAGGUACCUUGCGGAGAUCGGGACGGGUACCGGCGCGUACACAGAGUCGUUCGGCUACCGGUUUGCGCGCGCUGCCGUUGCUGCGCACAUUAACGAGCGCGACCACGGCGUGAGCCCCGCUGCGACGGUGAACGAUAUCUGUCUGACAGACGGCGCUAGCAUGGGUGCGAAGCUUUUCCUGCAGCUGCUCGUGGGCGGCGCGGGCGAUGCUGUGAUGAUCCCGGUUCCGCAGUAUCCGCUAUACUCUGCGCAGAUCGCGCUACUUGGCGGGGUGAAGGUGCCCUACUACCUGCAUGAGUCGGAGGGGUGGGUGAUGAAGUUGCCGGAUCUUGUUGCCGCGUACGAGCGGUGCGUGGCCGAGAACGGGGCGACGCCGCGCUUGUUCGUGUGCAUCAAUCCCGGGAACCCGACGGGGAACGUGCUGGAGCGCUGCGUGAUGGAGGACGUCGUGCGGUUCUGCCACGAGCGCGGCAUGCUGCUGCUUGCGGACGAGGUGUACCAGGAGAACGUGUACGACACGCGGCGCCGGUUUUUGAGCUUCCGCGAGGUUGCGCUUGGGAUGCCUGAGCCGUACUGCUCGGAGACGGUGCUUGUGUCCUUGCACUCGACAUCAAAAGGACUGAUUGGUGAAUGCGGGCGGCGCGGCGGGUAUUUCUGUAUGACGAAUCUGCCUGAUGCGCUGCGCCAGCAGGUUGUGAAGCUGUGCUCGAUUAACCUCUGUGCGAAUGUGAACGGACAGUUGAUGACUGCGCUGAUGUGCUCGCCGCCGCGCGAGGACGAGGCGAGCUACGUAGUGCACCGGCGCGAGUGCGACGAGAUCUUUACGGGCAUGAAGGAGCGCGCUGAGCUGCUCGCGCGCGAGCUUGGGACUGUGCGUGGGGUCUCGUGCCAACCGGUGGAGGGCGCGAUGUACGCGUUCCCGAGAAUUGUGUUGCCUGAGCGGUACGCCCAGCGGAACGAGGAGCUGAACGCAGCGGAGGGUCGGCGGCUCGAGCUGGACGCGCGGUGGGCGCUGGAGCUGCUGGAGUCAAGCGGUAUCGUUGUUGUGCCCGGGUCUGGGUUUGGGCAGGAGCCCGGGACGCUGCACUUCCGGAUAACGAUUCUCCCACCUCUUGCACAGAUUGAUCGGAUGGUGCAUGCGAUCCGCCAGUUCCAGGACCAGAUCUACGAGCAGUACGCGUAG